AUGGACUGGGACCCCAUGGCUACCGACACAGAUGGCUAUAUCUGUCCACCGUGCCCAGUGUUCUAUCCCACAGCGAUGGAGUUUGAACACCCGCUGAAAUAUAUUUCCAGUAUUCGCCAUAUUGGGAUGCAAGCUGGCAUUUGCAAGAUUGUGCCGCCGAAAGGUUGGCGACCGCCGUUUGCCAUCAAUGAAAAGACCUUUCGCUUUCGGACACGCGUGCAGCAGCUGAAUUGCAUUGAAGGGCAUUCACGUGCAGAAGGCCAGUUUGUAGAAGCCCUGCGACUCUUUUUGUACCAACGAGGGGAACCCAUGAAGGAACUGCCGCGUGCUGACGGGCAGUUGGUCAACCUGCAUCUACUGUAUAAGACGGUGAUUUCGCUUGGAGGGUUCAAUGCGGUGUGUGCAAGUGAUAGGUGGGAUCAGGUGGUGCGUCGAGUCGGUCGCACAAAAGCGUCAAGCGAGCCUUCUGCAGAGCUGUGCUGCACGUACAAAACGUAUUACAAGACGCUGUUGCUCUGCUAUGAGAAGGAACAGGAAGCUAAGGAAAAGGGUGGCAAUAGCGGUGGCGCACUGGAAAAUAAAGUGAAGGUCAAGGUUGAAGGGCUAGCGGCAACGCCUUCCGGAACAAACAUGUCUGACGACACAAAAGUGACACCAUUAUCUAAGCCUCGAAGUCUUAGCGGAACGAAAUGUUCUACAUCCGCAAAUGGCCACGAAAGUGAGACACGAGAUGACGAUGAUAUGCUUGUGAAGCGUACGCUAUUUCUGGAGGGAGAACACACAAGCAGCGAAGAGAGUGACAGCCACCCAGCCACGUCGCCAAAGCCUGAAAAUGAGCAACUAGAACACGGGCGACAGACUCUGCACCGAGACCUUGGGCCCGAAUCGUUGAAGCCGUCGAGUACGCGCAACGUGAGACUUGGUCCUCCGGAAAUUCGUGUCGGGCAAAAGUUCUUCCGGUUCUUUCCCGAUUCAGGAGCCGUGUUGACUGAGGUCAAGCGUGUCUUUGGCGGGAAGAAGCCGCACGUUGCUGUGCGUUACUUGGACAGUGACUCAAACGACGAUAUUGAAAUGUCUAGUAUGGAAAUUCUGAUCGCUAAUGGCUGGGACGCACGUGCUGCGGAGCUUGCGUACAAUAGUGAUAUCUGUCAGGUUUGUUUGCGUGGCGAUUGCUGGAACCGAAUGCUGCUUUGCGACGGCUGUAACAGUGGACAGCAUCUCUUCUGUCUGGAGAACCCGUUGCCUGCGGUGCCCACCGGUGACUGGUAUUGCAAGGAAUGCGUACGAGAUGCAACGGAUCCGAAUAAACGCAAGGCGAACGCCAAGUUUGGUUUUGACAUGGGAGCAGAGAUUAGUAUGAUAGACUACAAGGAACGUGCCGACGUUUGGAAACGAAAGUACUUCUCGUUGCCGUCUGAUGUCGAUCCGGACGAAGCGAUUAGCCCCCGAGAAUUAGAAGCUGAGUACUGGAAAUUGCUCAGCGUUCCUGUUCACGAACAGCGACUUGAGGUGCAGUAUGGCAGCGAUGUUGACACAGGUUCUACCGGCGGCGGCUUUCCUCGUAUGGAUUUGUACAUGAAGAACUUCCGCACUGUGUCAAAGCGCUGGAAGAAUCUAACGACCCAGGCAAAGAGUGACUACGCUCGUCAACUCAGUGAGUUUUUUUCCCACGGGUUGCGUGAAGGUCUAUCAACAAAAGCUGGAGGAAAUAAUCAGAACGCUGACGCUGCUCAGUCGCUCGAGGAUUUACUGCAUCGAUACGCGCAGGACGACUGGAACCUGAACAACAUGCCCAAAUUGCCCGGGUCAGUGCUUCAGCACUUGGACGAGGACAUAAAAGGUGUCAUGGUUCCGUGGUUGUAUGCAGGAAUGUGCUUCUCCACUUUUUGUUGGCACGUGGAGGACCAUAAUUUCUACAGCACUAGCUAUUUGCACUGCGGCGCACCAAAGACAUGGUACGGUAUCCCGUGCGCGAGCGCUGAGCAUUUCGAACGCACCAUGAAGAAACUCACACCGGAGCUUUUCGGUAGUCAGCCAGAUCUGCAUAUGCAGCUGGUCACGAUGUUUUCGCCUAAAGCGUUGCGAGAACACGGCGUACCUGUAUAUCGCGCGACGCACCGCCCGAAUGAGUUCAUUGUCACUUUUCCGUCGGCGUACCAUGCUGGUUUCAACACUGGUUUCAAUUGUGCUGAAGCGGUGAAUUUUGCAACUGUGGACUGGUUGCCGUGGGGUGCAAAGUCGUUGCGAAAGUAUCGGGAGUUUCGCAAGCUGCCUGUGUUUUGCCAUGAAGCACUGGUAUGUACUCUGGCUGAAAGCGUUGUAGACGGCAGCAGCUUUGAGUUUGAAAACACCGAGUCGUUUUUGCUUCCAGCGGUAGAGCAGUUGCUGCAGAAUUAUCUCGAGUUUCAGCGGCGAGUGGAUGAAUCGGAUAGCGCGAUGUAUGUGGCGAAGCGAAAGCUCAUUGCCGAUUUUGAAAAGCAGGAGUAUCGAGGGGCUGGCGUGACUAGUACUGAAGUUUCGGCAUCUUCAAUGAGACGUGGAAUGGCAGCUCGAGCAUGUAACCGACCUUCAAAGAUGGGAGGGGCUGUUUUGGCGCGGGGCAAGCGAGGUUCUAAAAUGAGGAUGGAAAGCCCCGAGACAUCCAUGCGCUCUACUAGGAUGGUGCUGUGGGCGGGUCGUUCGGGUAAGAACGAGGGUCUUCGGUGCGUAACUUGCAAACAGUACUGCUAUCUCCAAGCUGUCGUGUGCACGAGGUGCCGCGCGCCGCACGGAAGUAGUAGCGGUGCCGUUAUAGGUUGUUUGGAGCACUACCCUACAAUGUGCAAAUGCCGGGAUCCAGGGAAUUUUGUGUAUUUGUAUCGCUACGAGGCUACUCGUCUCGAAGACAUGGUGGACAACUUGCGAAGACGACUAAACAGCGUCCGAGCAUGGAACAGAGCGUGUGACGCCGUGAUGCAGUAUCGCAAACGAUUGGCUGACAGUUCAUUUGCAGCUGAGGUAACAUUGUCCGACCUAAAGCGAUUGCUCUCGUGUGGCAAGUCUUGCGGUGGUGCAGAUUGCAAACGAUUGGAUGCAUUGGAACGUGCGAUUGCGUGCGUUGAGCACUGGGACGCGCAAGCUGUACAGUUGCUUAUGGCCCUCGAUCCGCAAAAGCAGGUGCACUUGAGUCUUGACGAGUUUGAGUCAUUGUUGACGGAUGCGAAGAAGUUGCUUGUUGAGCCCGCCACAGUUGCAAAGAUUCGAGACAUCGUGAACGAGUGGCGCACGAUUCGAACCGACGCUGCGAUGAUGCUCAAAUCGAUAAACGAUAUAUUUCGCGACGAGGUUGCGAAGAAAAUUCGGCCAAGAGCUUCGUCCACAGACGUUGCAUCGAUUGUUCGGCUGAUGGGCGCCCCUAACGUGUUGCUUCACGGCAAUGUGCACUUUGGUCAGCUUUGCACGGCUAUCGCCGAUGUGAGCGGCUGCUUGCGUGCAAAGAAAGAAAACGAUGCAGCCGGGAGCUUGUGCAGCCAGCUUUCCAGCGCUCAGCAAUACUUGGAAGUGCUUUGCAAGGUGAACGUACUCUCUGCCAGCAUUGUCGAGAGGGCCCAAGGGAGUGACGCUAUGGGGGCACCGACGCAAGCACAAGUUGAACGAGUGUUGGAUGAGGUGAAGGAAUUGCGGUUAGCAAGCCCGUAUGGGAUAGCGAAUGCCGAGGCGUUGCGGAAGCUUAUUGCAUCUACUCACGUUGAGGCAGCAGAGGUAGACGGAGCACUAAGUGACCGCUCGAAAAGCACGGAAGAGCUGGAGGUGCUGCUCCGACGGGCGACCGCGUUACCCAUUCCGCCACAUAAUGCAGAGGCACUCCAAGAGCGACUUGAGAAAUGCCGGGGAUGGGAGAGCCGCGCUAAACAAGUGAUGGCGGUCGUCUCUGGCGCCUCCUCUUCCCACGGUCAUAAGUCAAUGAUGGAGCGCCCUUCCGUUGACGAGGUUGAGGAACUGUUCGCGCAAGCUGAUGCUCAUUUUGUGCCGAGUUCAUCUCUACUGCGGCGACAGCUGCACUCGCGUUUGCAAGACUGCCGUCGCUGGUACGACGCUGUUCACGCGCUGUUCCUGCGUCCGUCGAACAGUCACCUGUCUUUGGCUCAGUUCUUGCAGACUGCGCUGAAAAUGGUACAGCAGCAGCUCGCGCAUAGUCCGGACCAGGCUUUGCAUUUGCAUUCGCAGCUGUAUUGCGUCUGCAAGCAGAUCCUCAGCGAGCGAGCUCAAGUCGUGACUUGCCAACGCUGUCAGCGCUACUACCAUCCUCAGUGCGUGCCGGACUUGGUGCCUCGGCAUCCGAAAGAGGCCUUCGUUUGCGGGACGUGUCGUCCUUCUCAGCGAAAACGUCAUGGCCCGAGGGAUACCGAGUCGCCCCAGAUCUUCUGCGUGUGCCGCGGCGUCGAUCAAGCUCCGAUGAUCUGCUGUGACUUUUGUGACGAAUGGUACCACGCAGCAUGCGUAGACCUCAUGCCGCAGGAGCUCGACCACAUCGAUGCAUUCCGCUGUCCUCGCUGCUCGCGUCGACAGAACCUCUACUACCUCGAUAAGAAGCUGCUGCGUCGCGAGUGUCUGGGCAGACGACCAGCACUCGCUAGGGUCGAGAGCUUUUUGGUGCAGAUGCAGACCCAAUUGGUGGCGUGUCCUCCAGGAGCACAUGAACUCAUAGCUUAUGUGCAGGCUGUGAAGGGCGUGGAGCGCGAAGUCAGCAUCUUUGCCCACAAGUUUGCGCUGCGAGAGUUUUCACCCAGUGCGUUUGCCACGCCCAACUACGUGCAGAGUCAAGAAGCUGGAGUCAUUCAGCUCAUGGAGCGCGUGACGGGCCUGGAAGUUGGGCUGGAGACGGCGCAGACUCAGUUAGGCGCUGUGCACUGGUGCUUGCGGGCGUGUGAACUCGUGUUGGGUCCGAACAAUCGCGCUCCGCGGUACGCACACUUGGCUGCGUUAUUGCAAGACGUGAAGAGCCAGGAGCCUGGUUUCACAUUUCCCCGUGAAGAGUAUCGGUUGAUGCAGCUGACCAUUGCAGAACGAGUGAGUAAGGUUGCGCAGUGGCUACGUGCGACAAAGGCGCUAGAGAUUGAAGAGUGGAAUAUCGAGAAGGCCCGUCGGCUCGAACGCGAUGCUGCUGAGCUGGGCGCUUACCUGGAACUGCCAGCGACGGAACUGCAGUUUGUCCAUGAGAUUGCAGCUCGCCAGGCGAUAAAAGUUGUUGCGUGUGCAGAGGAAGAUGAGGAAGAAGAAGAGGAGGAGGCGGUGUAUGAAGAAGAACUAGAAAGCCCAAGUGCUAUGGCGUGGAAGAAGCAGCGACGUUAG